AAAAUCCAAGAUGUAAAACACUCAACACAUCUUUGAGUAAAAGAACUAGAUAAAGGGAAGUUAUGAACAUGGUUCCGAUCGUUCCUUUCGCAGAAUAAUACACUUGAACUGUUUACUCUGGAACGAGUCACAGCCCAACUGAACUGAAUCGUUAUGACGAAAAGUCCUCUGCUCGCUACUAUGAUUCUACAUGCAACCUGCCGCAACAAUGUGUACCCUCGAAGUGAGGUAAAACGGUUUCCAGUUCCCGAUAAAUAUGUUCCCUGGAAUGUGCCAUUCGAAUAUGAUCCACCAACGUAUACAUCAGCCCAUAUCGCCGGUCAAGUGUGGGCUGAUCCUGAUAUCCAAAAUAAAGAAUUUCAACCCAAAUGGAACUGUUUGGAUGGCAAUGUAAAUAGAGUGUCCUUUAAUGGUGAAUAUGCUAUCGAUGACUGUGGGUAUCCGCUGAAUCCUAUGGGACGUACUGGCCUGAGAGGACGUGGUAUUUUGGGUAGAUGGGGUCCAAAUCAUGCAGCCGAUCCAAUAGUUACCAGAUGGAAACGUGAUGCCGAUGGCAAUGUUGUCAAGCAUUUGGAAACUAAGAAAAAUAUUCUCCAAAUGGUUGCCAUACAAAGACGUGACAAUAAAAUGUGGGCCAUACCAGGUGGUAUGGUGGAUCCUGGUGAAAAAGUAUCCACCACACUGCGGCGAGAAUUCAUGGAAGAGGCCUUGGAUAGCUUUGAGGACCAACAAAUGGUGGAGAAUUUCUUUGCCCAGGGCACAGAAGUAUAUAAAGGUUAUGUCGACGAUUAUCGUAAUACAGACAAUGCCUGGAUGGAAACAGUGGCCUAUAAUUUCCAUGAUGAGACGGGAACACAAGUUGGUAAACUUAAGUUAUCGGCCGGUGAUGAUGCCGCCAAAGUCCAAUGGAUGGAUUUGGAUAGAAAUAAGGAAUUACAUGCCAAUCAUUCGUGGAUAAUUGAAAAGAUUAUUAAACUAUUAAAUGCGCAUUGGUAGCGAA